CAUGUGACUUUCCUUGAUCGUUUCUUUGUCAUUUCUUCAUCUUCACGAGAAGCACACAGAGAACAGAAAAGAGUAAAAGUAAAACCCUAAUUCGUUUGUUUUGCAUCUGCUACCUACCUACAACCGACGUUUCAAUUUUUCUAUACGGACAAUGCACAUUUGAUGCUCCGGAUUUUAGGUUGAAGUUCUUCACUUGCUGUGUUUGCUGUCAUGGAUCCUAAUGGUUCUAUUGAUGAUAAGUGUGAAAAUAGACUGUACAUUGGCAAUCUUGAUCUCAGAAUUACAGAAGCUGCUCUACUCAAAAUGUUUUCUCCUUAUGGAAAGAUUGUGACCGAAGAUUUCUUGUGGCACACCCGUGGCCCGAAACGUGGCGAACCACGGGGUUUCGCUUUUAUCCAGUAUAGCACAAAAGAGGAAGCUAAAUUAGCCAAGGAGAAAAUGCAUGGGAAGUUAGCUUGCGGCCGGCCAUUAGUUGUUCGUCUUGCGAGUGAGAGAUACGCGCUGGAAACAGCAGAUAGCUCUAAAAAAGCAACAGGUGAAGGGCACAAGUUGCAUCUCACUAGUGGCUCGGGACAGACAAGUCGUAGUGCGAAAAUAGCCGCAAUAAAGAACAAGCUGAAGUCUUUAGAGGAGGAUAACUCUAAGAUCAAGAAACAGAAGAAGGGUGACAAUAUAUCUUGAAUCAAUAGUGUUAUUGUACAAUAUGUUGAAUUAGGGUGAAAUUCAGAAACUUAUAAUAUUGAAUGUCACGAAGUUGUUAGUAACACCAUUUAAUUGCAAUUCAUAUAUAUUUUCAUUUAGCUCUUUUUUUUCUUUCUUUUCAACUUAGAUAUGAAGCAAAAGUUGGAACUUUGUGUAAAUUCUUUUUUACUUUAAAAUUAUGUAUUGAUUGAGUUAUCUAAUUUGAGGUGGAAACUGGAGUCUUAAUUAUAAAUGGAAUGGACUGUUGCUUUUCUGAA